AUGUGCCCUAUGGAACAUGGUGUUAAUCGAAUUGUCAUUGAAGAUGUUCAGAGUCUUUCACAACUCAACCUUCCUAUUUUGCUUUCAAGUGCGAACCUAAUUGGAGCACCUACUAGAGCUGGAUCGCUAUAUUCAGUAAAUGUUUCAACUGCUUCAAUGAAUAACAAAUGUAAAUCUGGAAUAAUUUCCAAGUCCAUUCUCAGUGAUGUUGGUUUGCCGAUGGAUGGUGAAUAUCCUGGUCCUGGUUGCACAAGCGGAGCUGAUCUUUAUAAUCCAUUCAACACUGUCAAACCCCACCGAUUCUGUUAA